AUGGCGAGAUUCCGAACGUUCAGCGAACUACAACCACUAGAGGACGGACAGGACAAGGGCGACGAGUUUGAUGUGUAUGCGUUCGUGCUUCUGUUGCUGGUGAGUGAAGGCAAAUCAAACUACCAGCGAUUCUUUCUUACGUGCACUGAUUUCACCGAUUGUGACGACGGCAUCGUCAACCAGCAUCUCCUCAGAAACGAUGAAGACUGGUUGUUAAACCAAGAGUCCCACGGUUCCGUUUCUCGCCACCAAGUUGUGGAAAUGAAGGUGUGGUGGUUCCGCAAUGCUGUCAAGUAUCUUGUCGAACGCUCUCGAAAUUUAAUGGGGGCUUUAGAUCCCACACGAAGCCACCUGGUACGAGAAGCAGAAUAUCUCCAAGAGUGUCUUAGAUUGGGUCCAAACGGCAUCGACAAAUGGAAUAGAGGCAACCCCCGCCACUUACGAAUGAGCAACAAUUUCGACAAAAAUUUCUGCGUUAUCAAAACAACCGCUCGUCUCGAACGUGACAGCAAAGACGGACGAUCCAAAGUCGUUGCUCAGAAGGCGUUACUUGUCAAUUAUGAGAGAGAGCUUAAGGAACAUCCUACCGAAAUCGAAGCGUUUAUGGCCCGUCUACGUGAGAAACUUCCCCCCGGACUCUGGCAAGAGCCACGAGCAUUGCAGAUACCACUGGCUCUCCGACCCUCAGUGGAACAAAUAAGACAACGUCAAAAAGAGCUAGAGGCCAUAAUAGCACUGCAUCAAGCCCAGCGAGAACUGGCACUGCAUCAAAACAAUCAUAACCCCACCAGCAAUGGUAACCAAACGAGUGACUAUUCUAAUAUGAACCUUUCAUCAUCAUUUGAAGAAGACUCCGACCUGGAUGAUGAAGACAACAAUGAUCAAAACGUUGACCCUAACCAUGCUGCCUUCAGCCGCAUUCAUGCCGCCAAAACAAUACUGCAGUCGGAGCUGGUAGUGGCCACUCCCUUUAAUUUAGCCACUCUCCAGAAUGCCACGAUGCUAGCCGAAUACGAGGAGGUGGUUCGAGGCGGCCCUGUUGCAGACGACAUUGACUUUGAUGAAGAUAUGAACCUUUCAUCAGAUGACGACUCUCCUCAAGAGAACCACCGCAAUUCAGGAACAUUUAAACCCAACGAUACCCAGAUUGUGUUCGAAUCGAACCCGGUGAAGGUCGAUUCAAUCAGCAAACUUGACCCCCUUGUUAUGGGUCGUCUGUACACAUUCCCCUGUGAACUCUUAGGGUAUGUCAACGACGUUGAGCUCCUGUUACGACCUCGCUACACCUCCACUGACGAUAUUGAGAUCCACGACAUUCAGCUCUGGUUAGUUGACCCUGGCUUCACCACCGAAGGACGCAUCAUCCCCAAAGAUCGGAUAUUGAAGGCUACGUUGGUUCGCGAAAUGGCGGUCAAAUUCUAUGGCUUGGACACUCCCGAGGAGUUAGCAUCACACGGCCGAGAGAUCGACGACCAGAUCAAGCAGAACUGGCAACCCGGCGUGGUGGGGCAGUGUACUGUCAAACGCACCGAGAUCGACGGGAUCCCCAUCUGGCUCUUUGUCAGUCACUAA